UUUUUCCUUUUUCUGUCUUAUUUUUUUUAUUUUUAUCAAAGGUAAAUGUAUAUUGAUCAAAGGGAUAUGUACAAAAAAGACUGAAGCCGAGAGAGGCAGCCAAAGCUCCCAAACAAAUACAAAUAGCAUCAAAACUAGGAAAAUAAAACCCAGCAGCAAGUACAAUUCAACCUGGGCAUACCCAGGGCACAAGGCAAUACAAUCACAACUGGGCGUACCCAGAAUACCAUGGGAACUCAAGAACAGUGCAGCAGGCCAAGCUCUCAAGCUCCACACAUCAAAAACGCAUGCAGUCCAAAGUGCCAUGCCAGCGAGAACAAAACACGAACCCACUGCAGCGGAAAUCAGGACAGCUUCUGAAACCAAAAGCGGAUAGUGUUGACAAGUCAACCACUGGAUGAAAAGAAUUCCAUCCAAAAUCUGAUAAUGGAAGAUGCAAUUCCCGCAAGAUCAGAAAAUUGCAAACGAACUUCCACCAAAAUCCCGUGAGCUCACACACCCACAGUGCGCCACGUAGGCAUUUCACAUUUAAUGGUCUCAAUUAUGGCAACCGCAGACGAACUCCGCAGCCCCGAUCUGAAGUCUGAAUAGAGGAACAGUUCAUCAACUCUCCAGAAAAGGAGAAAUUGAUAACAUUCAUCCACCAAGCAACAACCACACUCCAAGAGUGCGACACGUAGGCAGGUUCAAAAUAAAAAUUCAAGCUGUCUGGAGGGACUUCUGAAAAAAACCAACACAACAAAGACAAGAUCACGUGGCCACACUGACAGAAGCAACACCCCACAGCCUGGCUAAAAGAAAUGCAAACUGACAGCCACAAUCAUGAAACCAUGCGGAUAAGGAAGCGCCAAUGUGACACUUAUCUAGUAAUGGCGAAUCCAAUGCAUACUUUUGCAUGAGCUGCUCACGAAGGAUAUGCAAGGGAUUUCUUUACACCACACAGUUUUCCCCUUGACCUAUGCUGUUUGACUUAAUUCACAUUUUCUGGUCUUCAUUGACUCCGAGUGCCGACCAAUCUCCUCCGCCAAUUCUCUCCCCCUCUCACCAAUUUCCUCUUCCAGAAGGUGUCUUUUUCCCCACGAAGUAUAUAAAUUACUAAGAGCAUCGCUGACCCCAAAUCCGCCCUGGAUAAACCAUGAAUCUUCCAAAUGGGUUUCUGUAUCCACUGCUUCUGUUCAUCCAACUCCCGUUUUGCUCUUCAAUCAGCACCAUCACUUCCGCACAUCCCGUGGCGGACGGCGGCGUUUUAGUCUCCCAAGGAGAAACGUUUGCUCUUGGGUUCUUCAGCCCCCGGAAUUCUGGCCGCCGGUACGUCGGAGUGUGGUACAAUAAAGUCUCCGAACAAACCGUGGUGUGGGUCGCAAACAGAGACGAUCCUCUCAACGACACAUCCGGCGUCCUCUCCAUCAACGGCGCCGGAAACCUCAUCAUCCAGAGUAACGCCAGCAGUACCCCAGUUUGGUCUACGAAUAUCCUGGCGCCGUUAACUAAUAACUCCGAUUCUGUGGUAGCCCAUCUCUCAGACACGGGAAAUUUGGUUCUGAUUCGACAAUCGACGCAAGAAACUGUAUGGCAGGGCUUCGAUUAUCCCACGCAAACCAUGAUGCCGUUCAUGAAAUUGGGGCUGGACCGGAAAACCGGCCUGAAACGGUUGUUGACGUCCUGGAGGUCCCCAGAUGACCCGGGAUUUGGGUCUUGCACCUGCAGAAUAGAUCCCACGGGGAUUCCCCAGUUCUUCCUGUACAAGGGUUCUACCCGGUGGUGGCGGGGCGGGCCGUGGAAUGGAGUAAGAUGGAGCGGCGUACCGGAGAUGGGCAACAACGACGGCUUCUUCAAAGUUACUUAUGUUGAGGAUCGUGAUGAAAUAUAUGUGAUGGACAGCAUCCUAAACGCCUCCAUCUUCUUUAGGAUGGUGUUGGAUGAAUCUGGGUACAUCCGACGGUCCAUUUGGCAUGAGACCAAUCAGAGAUGGGUCGAGAUUUGGUCUGCACCCAAGGAUCGAUGUGACAACUAUGGACGGUGCGGUGUGUACAGUUAUUGUGACCCGAAUCAAAAUUUGAAUGAAGAGUGCAAGUGCCUUCCUGGGUUCGAGCCCAAGUCACCGCAGGACUGGUACUUGAGGGAUGGUUCACAAGGUUGCAAAAGGAAGCGUGCGGACUUGAUGUGUAGGAACGGAGAGGGGUUUGUGAAGCUUGAACGGGUGAAGGUGCCUGACACGUCAGUGGCACGUGUGAACAUGAGUUUGAACGCAGAAACGUGUAAGGAUGAGUGCUUGAGGAAUUGCUCGUGCGUAGCCUACACAAGUGCAGAUAUCAGGGGUGGAGGGAGGGGCUGCCUCACUUGGCAUGGCGAUUUGGUUGACACCAAAUUGUAUGCAAGUGACGGUCAAGAUUUGUACAUUCGAGUUGACUCAAUUGAAUUGGCAAAGGCAAGAAAGAGCUCCAAUAGCAUUAAGGGUACUAAGAGGACAUUGGUGAUUGUGACUGGACCUACUCUUUUGGUAGGAUUUCUUUUGAUUAUCUUUUACUUGUGCAAGAGGCGUCCAAAUAUUAGAGGCCAUUGGGGAAAACAAAGUCAUAGAAGAAUGUUAUUGUUCAAUUUGGCCACAACACACAAGGACUAUCCAGAAGAAGAUGGACAUGAUGUGGGAGAAAGAAAUGUCGAUUUGCCAUUUUUUAAUUUAAGGGAUAUAAAAUCUGCAACAAACAACUUCUCAGACAAACUUGGGGAAGGUGGUUUUGGUGAAGUUUACAAGGGUCACUUAUCCAGUGGACAAGAAAUAGCUGUGAAAAGGCUCUCAAAAUGCUCAGGCCAAGGGGUCGAAGAAUUCAGAAAUGAAGUCUUAUUGAUUGCUAGACUUCAACAUAGAAAUUUGGUAAAAGUUUUAGGUUGUUGCAUUGAUGGGGAAGAGACAAUGCUAAUCUACGAAUAUAUGCCUAAUAAAAGCUUGGACUCUUUCAUUUUCGAUCAUACUAGGAAGGCACUAUUGGAUUGGAAAAAGCGCUACGAAAUUAUCAUUGGGAUUGCUCGAGGCAUUCUUUACCUUCAUCAAGACUCAAGGUUAAGAAUUAUUCAUAGGGAUUUGAAAGCUAGUAAUAUACUUCUUGAUGGAGAGAUGAACCCCAAAAUUUCAGACUUUGGCUUGGCAAGAAUAUUUGGACGACACCAAACUCAAGCAAAUACAAAUAGGGUCGUCGGGACAUUCGGUUAUAUGUCGCCUGAAUAUGCACUAGACGGUCUCUUCUCAAUGAAAUCAGACAUCUUCAGCUUUGGAGUUUUACUAUUAGAGAUCAUUAGUGGCAAGAAGAAUUUUACUUCUUACAAUGAUGAUCCACUCUCAAAUUUAGUAAAACAUACGUGGGACUUGUGGAGUGAAGAUAGAGCUUUAGAGAUAGUUGAUUGUUCAAUGGGCAAUUCUUGGAAAGAGCUUGAAGUUUUGAGAUGUAUCCAAGUUGGGCUCUUAUGUGUUCAAGGUGAUGCUGUGGAUAGGCCAACCAUGUCAACAGUUGUUUUCAUGUUAAGCAAUGAAGUAGCUAUUCCUUCUCCAAAACAACCAGCAUUUGUUGUCGAAGGUACCAUGACGAGUACAUGUUCCAAAAACGAGAUGACAAUUACAAUGAUUGGUCCCCGAUAGAAUAUCCAUGUCUAUCUAAAAGUUGCUUAUAUCGAUGAAAUUAUGAUUAUGGUUAGUUUAUAACCCUAAA